ACGGUAAUGUCAAUAUGAGAUCAAUCGGUAGGGUGCCCUCUUGCUCUUGAUAUGUCUUAUAUCAAUGAGUACAAGUACAAGAAGACUCUCACUGAUCACUGCAGUCUAUUGGAGUCUAGUUGUAGAGGGAUUUUUUCAAGUUAUUAUGAAAUUAUAGUUAGAAAGGCAAUGCUAUCAAAAAUAUGCAGCGAUUUUCCAGGUCGAAUCAGAGAUAUUCUAUCCACCAUAGAAUACAAGAAGCUGGUAUUCUCUUUCCUUCCCUUUACCUGCUACCUACUCGUAUUUCGAUUUUAUAACGAGAUACGAUCAAUAACUGGUCUAGACAAGGUCUCUCACCCUCAUAUCGAUACACUCGGGCGGAUAGAGAAAACUAUCUUCUUUGUACAGGUUCACUCUGUCCUCUCCCAAUUAGCAAAUCCUAUUUUUGACUUCCUCGCUUCUGUCCCCUACCUUCUCCAUUUCCCACUACCCGCCCUAUUUGCCUUUUUCCUAAUUUUACACCCGAACCGCCGCGGUGCUGUCUAUCCUUUCCUUUGGUGUGCUGGGUGGGUCAAUUUUCUUGCGUCCAUUGUCCAAGUGACCUUCCCCACUGCUCCUCCAUGGUAUGCUGACAGUGCAGUCUAUGGCAGAAAUCAUCAGAUUGUGUAUCUUGGGCCUUGUGAAGCAGGCUUCCACAGGCUUGACAAUUUGAUGGGUGUUUCUGUUUUUCACGGACUAUAUUCAAAGUCUCCCGUAACGUUUGGUGCCUUUCCCUCACUACAUGUUGCAAUACCGAUGGUCGUGUUCCUGAAUCAUCCGUGGGGUGGUUGGAAAGUGGGAUUUACACAUGUUGUGUGGAUAGCACUGGCUGCAAUGUAUUCGACUCAUCAUUAUUUCAUUGAUGUGCUGGGAGGAGUGUUCCUUGCAUUGCUGGUAAGAUUUUUUAUGUUCAAAUUAUGGAGCCCGUUUGAAGAAUGCAAACCAAUUAAGAGUCCAGAUAUAUCCAGUCAGACUAAUAAAUUAUUGAAAUUAACUUACAGACUACCAAGUAGUACCAAUUUAAUUAAUAACAUUGUUUGAAUUAAUAUUAUUAUUUAUUAUUAUAUGUCCUUUGGCAAAAUAAUUAUUACAAUUCAGUCAUUUUGUGAUAA